CCCUUUUUUUCUUCAUAUCUUCAUAAAUCACUACAUUAUGAAAUUUGGGAAGAGACUGAAGCAACAAGUUCAAGACACUUUGCCCGAAUGGAGAGACAAGUUUUUGUCCUAUAAAGAAUUGAAGAAACUUUUGCGACUUUUAUCUACGGCACCAACGUCGUUGCUAAAUGGAAAAUGUGAAGCUGAGUUUAUGUAUUUGUUGAACAAUGAGAUUGAUAAAUUCAAUGGAUUCUUCAUGGAACAAGAAGAGGAUUUCAUUAUUCGACACAAGGAAGUACAACAGAGAAUCAAGAGAGUAGUUGAUUUAUGGGGACCGAAUGGUAGUCAAGCUUCAGAAGAAGAUUAUAAAGAGGAAAUGGAAAAAAUAAGAAAAGCUAUUGUUGAUUUUCAUGGUGAAAUGGUUCUCUUAGUAAACUAUAGCAACAUUAAUUAUACAGGGUUGGCUAAAAUUUUGAAAAAGUACGAUAAGAGAACAGGAGGUUUACUUCGUUUACCAUUCAUUCAAAAAGUAUUGGAGCAACCCUUUUUCACGACCGAUUUAAUUUCGAAACUCGUGAAAGAAUGUGAAAGUAUAAUCGACGAAGUGUUUCCGGUCGAAGAAGAAGGUGAAAGAGCAAGAGAAGAAAUUGUAGUAGCUGGUGAAGGCAUUUUCAGAAACACUGUUGCAGCUUUACUUACAAUGCAAGAAAUGAGAAAAGGAAGUUCAACACAAAGUGCUUUUUCUUUGCCUCCUCUCAAUUUGCCAGAUUCUGAUCUUAUUCAAUCAAUACAGCUUAAUGCUGCUGUUCCAAUUGUUUAGUAAUUCAAAUUGAUUAUGAAUUAUGAUGGUAGUUAGAUGAUUAUAUUUAUAUAGGUACAUCAAUUUGAUUUUAAGUUAGAUAUUUAUAAUGGGGUGUAACACAUUUUGGAGGAUAUAUAAGUUAGUUAAUUGAUGUUAACUUACAUUUUCCA